GCUGGAUUAGUUGUGCCUACUAGGAACUCCUGUGUUUGUUGUGGAGAGGCAAAAUGGCGGCGGCGGUGGCCGGGGCCGGGGCCGCCCUGCUGGGCAAGGGGUUGGACAUCAGCCUGGCGGCGCUGCAGCAGCACGACCCUUACAUCAGCAGCAUCGUGGACGUGGCCAGCCAGGUGGCGCUCUACACCUUCGGGCACCGCGCCAACGAGUGGGAGAAGACUGAUGUGGAGGGAACACUGUUUGUUUACACAAGAUCAGCUUCUCCAAGGCAUGGCUUCACAAUUAUGAACAGACUGAGCAUGGAAAAUCGAACAGAACCUAUUACUAAAGACCUGGAUUUCCAGCUGCAGGACCCUUUUCUACUGUACAGAAAUGCCAGAUUGUCCAUAUAUGGGAUUUGGUUUUAUGAUAAGGAAGAAUGCCAAAGAAUUGCAGAGCUCAUGAAAAACCUAACUCAGCAGGAACAAUUCAAAGCGCAGCAGGGCACAGGAACAGGAGUGUCCCCAAUGAUCAUGAAUUCUGCUAAUAACAAAGAAGUGGAUAUCUUACGGAUGCUUACCAAAGCCAAAGAUGAGUAUACCAAGUGUAAGACCUGCUCAGAGCCAAAACAAAUAACCAGCUCCUCUGCAAUCUAUAACAACCCCAACUUAAUCAAACCAAUUCCAGUGAAGCCUAGUGAAAAUCAGCAUCAGAGAAUAUCUCAGCAAAACAAGAAUGUGGAUCCUGAACCACAGCACUUGUCUCUGACGGCGCUGUUUGGAAAAAGAGAAAAGCCAGAUGUCUCAGAACCACCACUUAAUAAACAGCAUCAAGAGAAUCUUCCUGUCAGGCAGGGUGUGGUACGUUCCCUGUCCUACGAAGAACCCAGCAGGCAUUCCCCCUCUGCAGAGAAGCAGCUUUGCCCUGCCAUUCAGAAGCUGAUGGUGCGUGGGACAGACCUUCAUCCUCUCGCUGAGUUUCCUGAGAACCGGCUCUGUGAAAACGGCAAUAUCCACCCCGGGGGUGAGACUUUCACAGGGCUCUUCCAACCUGUGACUUCUCAUGGUAUCACAACAUCUCAUGUCGUUCAGGAUGCUGCUGGCACUCAAAGCUUAUUGCAGAAAUUGCAGAGUCAGUCGGGGUCGGUGGCUAAAAUGGACCCCAGCGCAACAGCGGCUGUGAACUCGACAGCUGCUGUGUUCAGCAGGACUCCUACUGCUGUUGGAGCACCAGCAGCCACAGUAAAUAAUAUGAGCCAGCCACCUUUGGUGUAUUUCAAUGGUUCCCUACCAGGCCAGACUUUGGAGUCUCAGACACUCGGGAAAGAACAAUCCAAACUUCCCAGACAGCCACUUUCUCUCUCUGGCAAUCAAGCAGCCAGUUCUGGGGUGAUUUCACCUCAGGAGUUACUGAAAAAACUCCAGAUAGUGCAACAAGAACAACAGUUGCAUGUAUCCAGCAGACCAACCUUGGCAGCUAAGUUUCCUGUUGUUACUCAGAACACCAGCACGCUGAAACCACUGGAUUCCUGGAUAGAAAAGGCACCAGGAACAGAAAAGCAGAGCGCUCUCUUUCAGGUAAUCUCACCUCAACGCAUUCCUGCCACUGUGACUCCUACCUUGUUGAUGUCCCCGAUGCUUUUCACCCAGACCACACCUGCACCACCCAAAGCAAAUGAAAGCGGGCGCUUGGCAGCAGCCAACCAGGAACCUGCUGCCAGCUCAGCCAGCCUUCUCCUGCCUCUGCAAACCCCAGAGCCAGCUGUGGUCAACAGCAGCUCCAUGACCAAGAUGCAGCUGCAGGAAACACUUCUACACCUGAUCCAGAAUGAUGACAACUUCUUAAAUAUUAUUUAUGAAGCAUAUCUCUUCAGUGUGAGAAAGGCGGCGAUGAAAAAGUCUCUGUGAAAGAUGAUUUUAAAAUUAAAUUUGAAUUGCUUCCUGAACUCCAGAAAAAGGUUUCAAACUUUUCGAGUAUGUUUACAUUUAAGGAAACGAAUGGUCUUUUGCAUAUACCUAGAUUUUGCUUGUUGGGAAGUACACGCAGAAACGGAUUGUGCCUUUAGGGAGGGGAGCGUCACGAUGCUGAAGACUUAAUCACAGAAUAUCUUAAACUAUUUUUUCUUAUGUUGGUCCGUACUUGGAAUUGUUUCCCCUGCGGUUCUCCCCACUCAGAAUUCAGUUUUCCUUUUUCCCUUGGACGUGGUUAUCCAUGAACGAGUGUCUUGGAUCUUCUCUGGGAGACGCCAGGUGCCACCGUGACCACAUGGUGGCAAUGUUGGACUAUUUUUAGGAAUGUGAAAAUCCGGGUGAAAUCUGGGGAGGGAAGGUCUCCAGACCAAUUUAGCUGAAAUGUCAUGACUUUCCCCCCAAAUUUUUUUGUAGAAAGAUCUUUUUUCUAUUUUAACAAGAGUAUUUUUAGCUAGCUGUAGAAAUGGGACUCUGCAGGUGUUUUGAAGA